AAUUUAGUGGAAGAUGGCGUCGGUGUUUUGUGUUAUCCUGCUUUUCUUAGCUGGUGUAUCUGCGAACAUCACGGGACAACAUGUAACUACGGGAGAGUGCGUGUGUGUAACCGGGACCAAUGUGAAUGCCCGCACAUCGGCCGGUUUGUCUGCUUCUGUUGGAGCAUCACUUAACACCGGCGACUGUUUCAAAAUCCAUGGCGGGAUCCUAACUCGUGAUGGCUAUACAUGGUAUCAACUCACCCACGUGUCUGGAACCCAGAAUCUUUGGGUAGCCGGGACACUGUUAAACAAAGCUGCUGCCUCCUACUGCUCGGCGGGAACAUCUGGCUCGGGUUCGUGUACCGCUAACGCAAAAUCCCUCGCUUGUCAGCUCCUGCAGAUGCACAACUCUGGUAAAAUCCAUCUCUGGGACCGCCACCCUUCUGGUGUGCAUGACAAUGCUUAUGCACUUAAUAACAUCAAGGAUACUUGCAACGGCCACCAAGCUUCUAGAUCUCAUUAUACAUGCUCUGAGUGCCGAAGUCCUGGUGCCCCUGGUGGUCACGUAUGUUUGAGCGAGACUUUAUUACGCUAUUUGGUGGAUCUUGGCUCACAUGGAUACAUUCACGUGAACGAGAUUUCGGGGGCGUGUCAUUCCUGUCACUCCUACCACUACAGGGGUACAGCAGUGGAUAUCGACCCGGGAUCAAGGAAGCACGAACUCAUCAAUAAAUGUAGCUCUAUGGGAGGCUGGCCCAAUGAUGAAAUCAAUCAUAUCCAUUGCCAGUUCAACCACUGAUACAUCUCCUCAGUAUUUUUAUAAUUGUCAUUAAAUAUUUUUUAUUUGA